GCCUUUCUGAAAUUCUUGGGCAUUCGGCGUAGAAGGACCACAACCGCACCAACUGAGGUCGUGGACCAGCCUGAACCCAGCCCAACUGAAUUCGAGGCGGACCCUGAUGUCACCACUGCACUGACUGAUGGCACAGGAAACUGGGACACCCCGCUGGUUGUUCACACAGCAAAGUCUGACCCUGCUUUGACUGCAAUGCCCAAUCUCACUGCGGAGGCCGAUGCUGCAAUGACCGAGGGCAUUGCAGACGCUGACCUCAUGCCCAGGGAGAGUGCGAAUUCUGCUCCCACUGCAGAUAUUUUUGAGGACAACGGUGUCUCCAGUCCAAAGCAAGUGCCAGCCUUCGUCAGGAACCUGCACCAGAGACUGACAGCCAGCCAGACUCUGGAAAAGAAGCUGCUGACGGAGUUCCUGGGGGUGACUGAGGCACACCCUGAUGACGUUGUGGUGACCCUCCUGCGCUGUGCCCCAUCAUGUGACAGAGCCGCUGCCAUCCUGUGGAAGACCAUCGCCUCAUCGGCUAUGACAAUGGAGAAGGUGCUGCCAAAGCUGCUCCGCGUGAUGGAGAACUGGCCACGGCACAGCACGUCCACCUCCGAUGGGGACAACACACAUGUCUUUGGCCUGGCU